AUGGAGCUCAAAGAGGUUGUCCACUGGCGUCGCGCUAUUCUGGCAGUAAGCUUCAAUAUGGUAUCCCUGGCUCUCUCCACCACCGCCCUUCUUAGCAGCUACUGGUGUGAAGGUACUCAGAAGGUCCCUAAGCCACUGUGUGGCAAUGGGAAAGCCACCAAGUGCAUAGGGGUCCCCAUGGCCAUGGAAGGCCUCAAUGCCUCUGUGCAAAAUGUGGUCCAUUACAGCUGGGAGACUGGAGAUGACCGAUUUGCUUUCCGUUAUUUCCACACUGGCAUCUGGUAUUCUUGUGAGGAGAACAUCUUAGGGGCAGAUGAGAAGUGUCGAAGUUUUCUGGAACUAACGCCACCAGCUGAAAGAGGGAUCCUGUGGCUUUCAUUAGGGUCUGAGCUGGUAUAUAUUACGUUACUGGUAAUUAGUUUUGGACUGCUGCUAUUGGAAAUGUUUUACACUGGGAACCCUGUCUGUGGACUGAAACUCAAUGCUUUUGCUGCAAUGUCCUCAGUGCUCUCAGGACUUCUAGGGAUGGUGGCGCAUAUGAUGUACACUCAGGUUUUCCAAGCCACAGUCAGUCUUGGACCAGAGGACUGGAGGCCACAUUCCUGGGAUUAUGGAUGGGCAUUUUACACUGCUUGGGCCUCUUUCACUUUCUGCAUGGCUUCUGCUGUGACAACUCUCAACACGUACACCAAAACUGUACUGGAGUUCCGAAGAAACCAGAAAGCAUUUGAGCAGAGUCUGAAAGAGCAGACAUGCUUCCUGAAUCACAAAGAGUUGAGCUUCUAUGGAGACAAGCCUAUCCACUCUGUGUCGCAAAGUGUGGACUUCUACUCGGAACUUCAUAAGAAAGUCCUGCUCAGAGACCAUUCAAUGGACCUUCAAGAUGUGGAAGAGUCCUUAGAAGAUGAACACUGCUAGAUAAUGGGAGAUGAACACAGCACUGUUCUGGCAAUAGGCUGCUCGCACAAUAGGCUUGUAGAAACAGUGGAUGCAAUUUAAUUAUCUAUCAAUAUACAGUAUGUGAAACAUGCAAUGGCUAGCAGGGCUGGCCUUUCCAUUACUAGAACUGUCUGUAGAAACUAAAUAUUGCUCUCAGAGACACUGC